GAGCGUUUUCCAAUGCUGUCUUUAUCUGUUUCUCUCAUUCAAACCUGAACUUUCCAUUAGUCACAGGUGUUUCACAGAUAGAAGACAGACCUACCUUAACGACUUCAGCAUCUUUUAAGAUGAUGGAGAGAGCAGUGACAGCAUGGAUUUUCUGUGCUCUGCUUGCAUUGGUCCACACAGUGUGUGUCCACAAGCGUUACGUGCCAGGUUCAACCCAUUGCUACGAUGACGCCACUGAGCGUUGGCAUCCCAUUGGGUCUAAAUGGAAAAGCGAUCACUGCCAAAUAUGUUCUUGCUACGACACUAGAAUGAGUUGUUGCACCACGUAUGCAAACCCCGCAAAUUUUCCUGACGACUGCAUGAAGGAGUUCGACCAAGAGACCUGUUCAUUCAAAGUCUUUAAGAAGAAUAACCCCUCCAUUCCAUGUCCAGUUUCUUCUUAUAGCCUCUAGUGUAAUCAGAUGGAACUCCUGAAUAACAAGAGAAAUAAAUGAAUGCAACCGGCA